AUGGCGGUCCAGCUCUCGUCUCCAGGUCAUAAGAACGUCAAGGAGGUUCAAUGGCUCAGAAGCAGCGGCUGGAGUAGAUACAGUCUGAGGGAGAGAGGAGAGGAGAGUGAGCCAUUAGUAUCAACUGAGGAUAUCAUUUAUGCAGAUGUCAAAAUUGCAAAACCUUUGAAUCAACAACAGCAGUCUCCAACAGGCGUGGUUAAAUAUCUUUCUCACGGCACUUAUAACGCUGCUCGCUUUGUGAAGGGGGUGUCUGAACGCAUGCUAAAGAGAUGCGAUCGAUUCAGCUGGUGUCUUGCUGCUGCUUCUGCUGGCCAGCUAUGCCUAUGGGUUACAAAACGAAUUGAAGAAUGUCAUGACUACAGCACUGUUGUCAGGAAAAAGGCUGAAAAUGAAAAACAAUCCAAUGAUGGCCAAAGUAAAGUGUUUCCAUGUAAUGACAAACAAAGGUUGUGGCUUUUAAAGCUGCUGGUGAUACUGCUGUGUUGUGUGGUACUAGUUGUCACCUUCUCCCUGAUUGUAUACUACGUGACUGGAAAUAAAUAUAAAGAAAAUGAAGACAGACUGGAACUCAGCAUUUCUACUAUCAAAGAAAAACUAGACCUGUUACAAGCAAACUUCACUCACCUGCAAAACCAGAGCUCUGCAUUGAACGAGAGCUACAGUGAGCUACUGUCUCAAAAUGAUGAACUGAAAACUAAUCACAGUGAGCUUCUUUCCAGAUAUUCUUCACUUUAUGAGAACUUCACCGAGCUGACUUUGAGAUUUACAGCCUUGGAUGACUACUGUCCUAUUGCAAACAACAUUACAAAUGAAAGGAAGUGUGCUGUCUGUCCAAAGGAUUGGCUGCUGUUCAACAAAAUGUGUUACCUCUUCUCAACUGUUACAAAGACCUGGAAUAAAAGUCGUGAUUACUGCGCUUCAUUGAAGGGACACUUGGUGAUUAUUGAGAAUGCAGAGGAACAGAGAUUCCUAAUAAACACAACAAAAAGCAAGGAAGGACCGUACUGGAUUGGACUGACUGAUCAGGAGAUAGAAGGUCAUUUUGUGUGGGUGAAUAAUGGAUCUCUGGAUGGUAAUAACAGUUUCUGGGGGCAAAGGGAACAUGAUAAUGGGUUUGAACCGGACAACUGGACUGGUGAUGGAAAUGGUGGAGAGGACUGUGUUCAGCUGCAGGUGAACCAGAAAUACAACGGCUGGUACGAUGCAGCAUGCUCUAAGAAGGAAAAAAUGAUCUGUGAAGCCAAUAUAGGUGAUCUUCAACAAGCAAGAAGAAGGCCCAAAUAGUCCUGGGAGCCUAGGUAGAAUUAAAGAGGUUUCAUGAAGAGAUACACUACAGAAGACCAGCAGUUUCACCUCGAUGGUCUUUACAACAUCCCUGAGUUCAGAGUACAGCUGCACUCUGCGUCUCCAGUGACUUCAGUAUAACAUUAAACUAUUUGUAUUUGACUUUUACUCUAAUGUUUCCAUGAACUUCUAAUAUUUC